AUGUUCGUCGACGUGCUCAGGCGGUACUUGCUGAUCGUGUGGAACUUCUUCUUCGGACAGGUCUCUACUGAAUCGAUCAAAGACAGUCCACCGUCUUGCCCCGAGGACAAACCAGCAGUUUCGGCGGACGUAGUUCCGCCCGUCGAGGUUGACAGCAAUGACGAUAAGAUCGAAAAUGGAGUAGACGAUGAUGACGAUAUCGAAGAGAUUUUCGACGACGAAGAUGAAGAAGAUGAUGGAGAAGAAGAAGAAUUGGAUUUAGAAGACGAAGAUGAAAUCGAAGAGGACCAAGAUGAAAAAGCAGCGAUCGUACCUAAAAAACCCGAAGAAAAAGUUGUAACUAAUGACACACCUCCUAAACCCAGCGUUCCGGCCACUAAAACCGAAGAGGUCAAAGCACCGGUCGUGGUGCCAAAACCGAAAGACGAAAUAAAAAAACCUGAACCUCCAAAGGCCCCUGUGGAAAUCAGUGAAAAACCGAAAAUUGAUAUCGACAACACGAAAAAAUCUGAGGCCCCCGCCAAGCUAAAGCCGGAAUUCGAGAAGGGCGAAAGGGAAGGGGAUGCAGCUAAAGCGGUGGGGUCCGAAAAGGACGCGUCCAAGGCCAAGUCGGAGUUUGAAAUCGUAGAGAGGGAGGACAGAGACGUGCUGCCGCCGAAGCCUGCAAAGACUGAGUUCGAAGUCGUCGAGAGAGGAACGACGGUGAAACCCGUACUGCCACCGCCUCCACCACCACCGACGUCGUCUGCGGCGGCGGUCAAAGACGACCCUAGCCUGCCGUCGGCGAAAGCCGGUGGAGACGACAAAACCGCUCUGAAACCGGCAGUCCCGGAAAAGGCCGCGGCCCACGUGAAAUUUCAAGAAGAAGACGAGGACAAGACCACCGGCAAAGGCCGCUUGCCGGCCGCGGACUUUGCUACUCUGGAAAAAGGCGAAACGGCAGUCAAACCACCGGGAACGACGACGACCGGACAUAAUGCCGCGGUUGGAGACUUUUUGUCAGCCGAACAGGCGCACGGCGGUCAACUCCUGAAAAGUCACCACGAAUCCAUUCAAGACCAACAGCUGGAUUACAGUGAUUCCGGUGAAGAGCUAUCGGACGACGAUAUUGAAAUCGAUUACGAAGACGACGAGGACGACGAAGAAGUGGUAGAAGUGAAACCGCUGCCGCCCGUCGCCCGAAGCGUUUAUAAAAAGAACGACUGA